CCCAAACAAGUAAUAAGGAGAAUAUCAGGCAAAGAUUGCGAUGCUUUUAUAUCAUUUUUAUCAUUCAAACAGUCCGAGUUUCUAUAAAACUAACAUUUUCUUUAAAUACUUUUAUCCCUUUAAUAAUUUGUUGGUGGCGUAAAAUACUCGGGUUUUUAUAGAUUUUUAAAUGAAGUUGCCUAACCUAGCAUCAGGAUGGAAAUGACAUCAAAUGCUUAUUUAUUUGACGGUAUCGGUAACGUGGAAUUUAUUACCUCAGCCAAUCAAGCUCAAAUUCACUUUGAAUAUGAAGGAAAAGAACAAAGUGCUGAUUUCACAAGUACCCAAUUUUAUCAUAACAAUAAAUUUCUGGUAGACGGAGAAGAUUUGCAAAAGUAUAUCCAGAAUGGUUCAUCGGUAAUAUUUUCUUGCCAACAAAAAUCUGACACAUGGCAUGUAAUAAUUUGUUUUCUCUACAAAGAGUCACAUUGGAAUGAAAUCGUACCAACAGUGGGAAUUACAAAUGGAUGUGGCUAUAUAACUAAACUAAAAAAACGUCAUGGAAUAUUAGUCAUGAUUGAUUUGUUAAAUAAGCAAAAUAAAGUGCUCUUUUUAAUGAAUAGAGUAUACAUUGAUGGAAAAAGAGUUACGAGUUCUAUAAAAUUGUCUGAAGAACUGGACAAUUCAGUAAUGUUCGAUGCUAUUCCUACAUUUGCGAUAGAAAAUGAUGAUAACUGCACAUGGUUUGCUACAGUUGUAUUCAAAGGCAAAAAACCAGAUAAUAAUCCAAGUACUAUAGUUUUACAUGAAGCUGUAAAAUCUACUCCCAUUACAAAUGAGAAAACUCUGAUUUCUGUGGCCAAAGAGUUAAAUGUUAAGUUGUCUAUGAAAAAUACAAAGAACACAUUUGUAGAAAAACAAAAUAUAUCGUGCAACGAUAAAGCAGUAAUUAAAUCUGAUACUCCGAAUAUAGAAAACAAGUGUCAACUGUUGGAUAAUAUACAAAAGCCGCAAGAUAUUAUACAGACUAUUUCACGUUACAUAAAUGAUUCAAGGAACAUCUUCAUAACUGGUCAAGGAAUACUUCUGGAUAUCGUUAAUGAAGAGUAUGGAAUUUUAUUAGGAGAAUUUAAACCUAAUGACUUCCAGCCUAUACUGUUUCAUAGGAAAAAUGCUUUCCUUUUCAAAAUGAAAUUAUCUCAUUCAAAGCUUUCUGAAAUUUUCAUAGAAGGAGAUCGUUUGAGAUUUAUUGCCGUACGUGCUCCAUAUGGUUUUGUAACUUCAUGGAUUGCCAUUCAAGUAUCCGUCCAAUCUUAUGAACAAACUUUAAAAAGUGUGUGAUACUCAUGGUCAAACAACACACUGCACAAAUUAAGUGAUCAACAUGAGCGAGCUGCUUUUAUGAAAUUUUAUAUCUUGUUUGUGGUAAUAACGGAACUUUAAAAUUAUUAUUUAUAUGAAAGGGAGUUUUGCAAGAUGAAAAUUGAUGAUGUUUAUCGCAAGGCAAAAACAAAACUGACCAAUGCUUACAUAUUUCUUCAUUUUCAUUCUGAACCAUUUUUUAUGCAUAGCUCUUUAGUUAAUAUAAUUAUCAUAUAAUGAUGUGUAUUUUAAAUUAUUCUAUCGCUGUAAU